AGAAUUUUUAAGUAGGUGGAAGUCAUCAAAAUAAUUUUCCACAAAAAAUAGUUUACCACAAAAUUACUUUAGUUUUCUGUGGUGGUUGCUUAACUCUUUCUUCUGUUACCAGCACUGCUCUAACCUAUAAUUUCUCAAUAAUAUCACAAAAUGGUUUUGCGGCGCGAAAAUUGCUGAAUGUUAGGUGAAGCAGUCAUGGAAAAACAUAUUUCCAAUGGACGAGACACAGAAAUUAACGGAACCAAGAAAGACAUAACGAUUGUGGAAGGUCCUAAAAAGGGCUUAACCAAUUUGAGAGCGGUCUCCUUUUUGUUGCUGUGGUAUUUUUUCAGCGGUUGCACAUUGUUUUUAAACAAGUAUAUUUUAACGUAUUUAAAUGGAAAUCCUACGGUGUUAGGUGCCUGUCAGAUGUUAAUGACUGCGACAUGCGGGUUCGUGCAAUUGUUUUUUCCUUGUGGGAUGUACAAACCAUCCCAAAGGUUAAAUAAACCUCCUGGUUUUUAUAGGCACAUGUUGUUGGUUGGUUGUACUAGAUUUUUAACAGUUGUUUUGGGUUUAGUAGCGUUAAAUUAUGUAGCCGUAAGUUUUACAGAAACCAUUAAGAGUUCCGCCCCUUUAUUCACGGUGCUUAUCUCUAGGUUCCUGUUAGGUGAACAAACAGGUCUCUAUGUCAAUUUAAGUCUUUUACCUGUAAUGUCCGGAUUGGCGCUCUGUUCAAUCAAUGAAAUUAGUUUUGAUGUGAUUGGAUUUCUUGCGGCAAUGGCAACAAAUGUUACAGAGUGUAUACAAAAUGUUUAUUCAAAAAUGUUAAUCUCUGGCGACAAAUUCAAAUAUACCCCAGCAGAGUUGCAGUUUUACACAAGUGUAGCAAGCAUAGUUGUACAGAUUCCUGCCACCUUACUUGUAGCUGAUCUAAGCUCAACUCAUUUAAGCUUUAAGCUAAUCAUUUGUUUUAUUUUCAAUGGCAUAUUCUUCCAUUUCCAAAGUAUUACUGCCUAUGUUCUCAUGGAUUACAUUAGCCCCGUGACUCAUAGUGUUGUCAAUACUGCCAAGAGAGCAUUCUUGAUAUGGUUAUCCAUAUUGAUGUUUGGAAAUCCAAUAACGGCAUUAAGUGGACUAGGGACUAUAACUGUGAUAGCUGGAGUUCUACUCUAUAUUAAGGCCCAAGAAUAUGAUGACAGAUUAGAAUCUGCCAAUUUAAUUCAGCGGAAAGUCAGGGCUAUUUAAACAUGCGUUUAUUUAUAAUUAAUUUUUGUAUUAUUUUGUAUAAACCAAUUCAAAAUAAACAUGUAAUGUGAUAUUUCUUUGGUGAUGCAAUCAUGCAAUUUUUUGUAACAGUAUUAUUUGCAAAGGUUAGUGGAUGAUAAUUUGCUUGUAUUUUGAAAACCAAUGACAUAGUACCUAUAUUAUGUUGACAUAUUUUUAUGUCAAAUAUCAAUGGUUGGAGUAGAAUAUUUUUGAAUUACUCAAGUCUAAUUUUGUCAGUUUUUGGAGCUCCUUUUCAAGAUUGAUUUUGAGAAUAAUUCCUGUAUAAAAACAAAAUAAUUUUCUCGGGUCUUGAGUUUUACUUACAAACCACAAUUACUUAUUGAUGUUGGCUAUUACAGUCUCCAAUAUUUGAUUUUCUUCCGAAUCUAGUCAUUUGGGUGGUAAGCCUGUUGGUAGUUAAAUUAUUAUUUUAGUUGCAACAUUGUAUCAGAUAGUUUUUGUUAUCGGGAAACUGUUAUUCUAUUAUGGUUGAAAUAUUGCCAGUUUUUGCCCUUGCUCAUAUUUAUAAUUUCCUGUUUUUGUAGUAUCUUAUGCCAAACAAAACUUUCUAGUAAUACUAUUAUAAUUAUGAUACAAUUUGAGUUAUUUAAUCACAGUACAAUUUCUUUGGUUAGUUAUCUGGCGCUUACUUAA